AUGACCGCCGUACUUGAGGUAACUCUUGCGUGGUUCUUCAAGAACGCCAAAGGCAGGGACGAGAAGAGUUUCUACCGCAACGAGGCGUUCAAGGACUUCCCGGAGCCCACCAUCCCCAUCACCUCGCCGGACUGCGGAGAGAGCGGCGCGACCUUGGCGGUGGAUUACACGGCGGACGGCGCCAAGAAGUUCCCGACGCUGGAAUGGACCGCGCCGGCUGAGAUUGCCGGCGCUGUGAAGGAAUGGCUUCUCAUCCCGGAGGACCCGGAUGUGCCUCUCAAAACACCGAUUUGUCACGGUGUCUAUGGGGGAAUCCCGCCCAACAAGACUCGGGUCGAGCCGAAGGACUUUGAGCUCGAGGACGAGUCCAAGGCCCUGCUGAAGGGGGGUUUCCACUACGGAAAGAAUAUGCGAUCGGUCAUCUACGUGCCGCCUCGCCCCUUGAUGAAUCAUGGGGUCCACAGAUAUUUCUUCCAAAUCAUUGCGCUGAGCGAGCCGUUGGACAAGAAAUUACUAGCCUCGAAGGCGUCCAGAGAGCAAGUUGCCGAGGCAGUCAAGGGCAAGGUGCUCGGCUGGGGCCUUUGGGUCGGGAGCUGCGAGAGGAAAUGGUAG